GCUUUGACCGGGUCCUCUCCCCUUUCAUACUGCAUCCUUCAUAUUUAAAGCCACAACAACUCAUUAACAGGCUCACAAAUAACCUUGCGAACCCCAGGAGCAAGUAUGGAUGCAAUGCAGCCCCAAGAAGUAAAAGAACUGAUUGAUAAGGCCCAGAAGGCAAAGGAGCAGGCUUAUUGUCCUUACAGCAAAUUCAGAGUGGGGGCUGCUCUACGGACUGUGGACGGCCUUGUGUAUACAGGCUGCAACGUGGAGAACGCCUGCUACAAUCUGGGAGUGUGCGCUGAAAGGAACGCCAUGGCAAAGGCCGUGUCCGAAGGCCACAGCCGUUUCCAGGCCAUCGCCAUAGCCAGUGACAUGAGUGACCAGUUUAUCUCACCGUGUGGAGGCUGCAGGCAGUUCAUGAGAGAGUUUGGGGUGAAGUGGGAUGUGUACAUGUCGAGGGCGGACGGCACGUACCAGAAGAUGACCGUGGAGGAGCUGCUGCCCGUCUCCUUCGGCCCCGACGACCUGAGCCAGGAGAAAGUGUGAAGAGCUGAAGAGCACUGACCAUCGGGGGGGCCGCUAUCCUCGAACCGCCAUGACUUGUUGCACUGUGCUUAAUGUACGUGCCAUGUAUGCAUGCGCACGUUUUUUUUUUUUUUCCUUUCUGCAGCAGCUAUUUUUAUAGUAACCAUUUGUUCUUGUAUUAUCCGCCAAUCGUAAACAAUGUAUUUAAACUGACUCUAUUUACACUUUGAUGCUAACAAACUCUAAGUCUGGGUAAACCAGACUAGAGGAUUAACCGUGCCUUAACUAGUGAUCAAUCACAACACUGAAACCACCUCCAAAGUGGUUCUAGGAAUUGGCCGCGUUCAUUUUAAUCAGGAUGUUGGGUGUGUGUGGACAUGGACGAGGCUUCUUCAAGCACGUCCUGCAGCUACGCAAUCAGUUUAGUCAAUGACUCAACUCUGAGUUUCUGUUUCUCUUUGCCGCAGCUUGUCCAACAACGUUUAGGGGGGAUGGGUAUUGUUAUAUGGGUGGUAAAAUGCACAUGAAUGCCAGUUUUCCGAGCAGAACACUGCCUUGCAGCAAAAUUGACUGAUUGAUAACUCUAUUGAUCGGAAGUCCUCCUGAAAUGUGUCUUCUCAUAACAAAAGAACACUACACAAUAUGACAUCAGACAAAGACUGACAAUUAUUCAACACCCCGGUCUCAGGGGACCCUUAAGACCCCGACUGAUUCAACAUAUUGACAGACUCAGGGGGAAAAAAGGCUAAAGAGAGGGAACUAAAACUGAUCGACGUUACUCACUUUGUUGCUGGUUUUAAUGUUGUGGCUGAUCGUGGAUAUAUAUAUACGGGUAACAUGGAGUUGGAGAUAACAAUAUGUAUUGGUUUAAAGGUGCAUGAAAGAAAUGAAAUUAAAAAGCAUGUUUUUACCUUUCCACACACUUUAAUAAAUAAACCAUUUUAAAAAGUUA